GGUGAAAAUGCGAUCUUGUGACCGAGACCACAACUUCGAUGAAUGUACCCAUUUCCCGCCUAUAUAAGUCAAUCUGUUCCCCUGAACGAACAGUUCCGGUCAUCUACUCGAUCCACAUGUACCAUCUCUGAUUAUACAAUUAUCAUUAACUCAUUUGUUAUCGUCCUAACCGUACUGACUAAUGGAUUAUGAUUAUUUGAACUGGCCGACAAGUAACAGAAAAAGGCUGAGUAUUGCUAUGGCUUGUGAUUUCUUCUAUCCCAACGUGGGUGGUGUUGAGACACACAUUUUCUCGUUGGCCCAAUGUCUCAUCCGUCGCGGACACCGUGUCACCGUGAUCACCCACAGUUACGGGGAGAAGGGCAAACAACGCCAAGGUGUCCGUUACAUGAGCCGCGGUUUAAAGGUGUACUACAUUCCGUUCAUCACAUUUUACAAACAGAUCAUAUUUCUGUCCUUGUUGGGCACCCUAUCCAUUGUUCGGGACAUUCUCAUUCGGGAGCAGGUCGAACUUGUCCAUGGACACUCUUCCUUUUCGCUGCUCAGUCAUGAGACAGUGAUACAUGCGCAAAGCCUUGGAAUACACACCGUCGUCACCGACCACUCUUUGUUCGGCUUCGCUGACUUAUCCUCGGUCACCAUGAACAAAAUCGUAGAGGGCGUCCUCUCCGCGGUGGACUACGUGAUCUGUGUUUCACAUAUUUGCAAAGAGAACUCAGUGUUACGGAAUCAGUUGGAUCCCGAACGUGUUUAUGUGAUACCGAACGCCCUCGAUACUACGGUAUUCACACCUGAUCCCUCAUGCCGAGACAUGCGCUACGGUGGCGAUGGGCCGAAGCGUUUAGACUUGGAAGAAAUUCGUGAACGACACCAGUUGCAUGCACGUGUUACACUUCUUGGAGGUCUGUCUCCGGAAGAAGUUCGCGGGGUCCUUAUACAAGGGGAUAUUUUCCUCAACACUUCACUCACUGAGGCUUUUUGUAUUGCUCUGCUUGAAGCCGUUUCCUGCGGGCUUCUUGUUAUUAGUACCGGUGUUGGUGGCGUUCCAGAAGUGCUCCCGCCUGAAUAUAUCCGAUUGGCCCCAGCACGCGCUUCCGAUCUUGCAAGUUGUUUGUCUGAGGCCAUCGCCGAGGUGUUGGAGCAACGCCGGCGAUCAACCUCCACAGUAAACGCAUCCGAAAAACAGACAACUGGUGAGCUUACCUUGUCCGGGACACCUUCUUUGGAGCCCGGGUUUGAGGAUGACAUGACGCAUCGUGCUUGGCGUAUGCAUUAUUGGGUGCGUGACUCAUACUCCUGGCCCCAAGUAGCCGUGCGGACGGAAAAGGUGUACUACGCAGCGCUCACCAGGAAGCCACCCACUCUGAGCGAUCGCUUAAAGUGCCUCUCCAAAUGCGGACGUGUGUACGGUCGAGCCUUGAUGUUAUUGGCGAUGCUUCAUUGGGCGUUCUUACAACUACUAUCUUGGGUACGGCCAGUGCACAUAAUUGACAAAGUUCCCUAUUUUGCUUACCCGAUCGAAGAGGACACAGGUACCUCGCCUCUGGUCUGA